ACAGUUAAAACAGUUCUCACUCGCGCGGGCGGUCCUCGUGCUGACACUUUCCGUUGGAACUCUACCGGCACCACAUUUUAAAUCAACAAUGGCCGACAAGUUAGAGGAAGUCAAGACGUCCAACGGGGAGGACCUCUUAGCCAACGGACCCUCCCACGCUAGCCGCAGCAACCCGGAGCCUCUGUCCCGCCGCGUGAAGCGAAUUGUGGCGGCCAAUUUACUGGUCAUUCUCACCGUCGUUGGCGUUAUCAUCGGCGUCUUCAUCGGGCUCGGCGUGCGUAACGUGGCGCUGACCCGCACCCAAGUCAUCUACAUCGGCUUCCCCGGCGAGGUGCUCAUCCGCCUGCUGAAGAUGAUCAUCAUCCCCCUGGUGGUGUGCAGUUUAGUGUCCGGAGCGGCCAGCAUCGACCCAAAAGCCCUGGGGAAGUUAGGCGGAUGGGCGAUGCUCUUCUUCCUGGUCACCACGCUCAUAGCCUCAACCAUCGGGGUCGUGAUGGCAUUCAUCAUCAACCCGGGCUCGGUGGCUAUGACCAAGCCCACACUGGCCAAUGCGGACGACAGCGUGCCUGAGUCCAAAGAGGUCAUAGACUCCUUUUUAGAUUUGAUCAGAAACAUCUUCCCUUCCAACCUGGUGUCUGCUGCCUUCCAGUCAUACGCAACCAGCUACAAGCUAGUGAAAACCAAUGGCACAAAUGGCCUCCCCAACAUCACAGUGGAGAAGGUUCCCUUUGGAACAGACCAGGACGGCAUGAAUAUUCUGGGCCUGGUGGUGUUUGCCAUCGUGUUUGGCGUGGCAUUGAGGAAGUUGGGGGAGGAAGGCGAGAUCUUGAUUAAGUUUUUCAACUCCUUCAACGAAGCCACCAUGGUGCUGGUCUCCUGGAUCAUGUGGUAUGCCCCUGUAGGUAUCAUGUUCCUUGUUGCUGGCAAGAUUGUGGAGAUGGACGAAGUCGAUAAGCUGUUUGCCAGCUUGGGGAAAUACAUCGCUUGCUGCAUUGUCGGACACCUCGUCCACGGUGCCCUGGUAUUGCCCGCCAUCUACUUCGUCUUCACGAGGAAGAACCCAUACAAGUUCUUGUGGGGGAUAUUCACAGCUCUGGCCACAGCUUUUGGAACGGCCUCCAGCUCAGCCACGCUGCCGCUGAUGAUGAAGUGCGUGGAGGAAAACAACGGCGUCUCCAAGCAAAUCAGCCGCUUCAUCCUCCCCAUCGGCGCCACAGUCAACAUGGACGGCGCCGCGCUGUUUCAGUGCGUGGCGGCUGUUUUCAUUGCUCAGCUAAACGGCGUCUCCCUCAACUUCAUCCAAGUCAUUACCAUCCUCGUGACGGCAACGGCGUCAAGUGUUGGAGCUGCUGGCAUACCCGCCGGUGGGGUGUUAACCCUCGCUAUCAUCCUGGAGGCUAUCGGGUUGCCCACCAAUGAUCUCUCCCUUAUCCUGGCUGUCGAUUGGCUUGUCGACCGCACAUGCACGGUGCUCAACGUGGAGGGCGACGCCUUCGGAGCCGGCCUCCUGCAGUGCUUCGUAGACCGCACGUCCAAACCGGAAGAAGCGGAGCUGAGGGACCUCAAAAAGGACGCCGACAAGAACCCUGAGCACUCGCCGCUUAUGGAGAAGGCAGGCGGCCCGGGUUACGAACCGAGCAACAACACUACCGAGUCGCACAGGGAUAAAGAGUCUGUCAUGUAGAACGUACAAAAAGCUGCUAGACCCGGUUCCGUUAAAAACACUCCCGCGGAAGCUGAACGCGGACAGUGUGGACCUUUUUGUCAGCCGUUGUGGCACGAGGAUGAUGGAUACUUUGCAAAACCGUUGUAAGCAGCAACGCUGUCAGACAGAACAGUAAUAACGUGGAGGACUAACGAGGUAAUUUAUUGGCGACUGAAGACAAGUAAGCCACAAAGAUGGAUGAGCAUCAGGACAGUUUGCCAAGGUUUUCAUCAUCUUCAUCCCAUAACUGUCAUCGUCUAAAUGGUUCAUUUAAUGCAUUGUGUGUUGUGGCGGGUACGUAACUGCUCCUUCUUAUUGUUUCUUCUCAAACGGGAGUUUUAGGUAUAUAAAAACCAAACAUUACAUUUAUAUUCUUACACCAAAUGCAAUACUUUGCAAAGUACCUCAACGCUAAUACUGCAACACCUCAGGCUGUACUCUGACUUGAAGACUAUUAUUUUUCUCCUUCAGACCAAAAAACUAAGAAAAUCCCCAUUGAAAUGUUUAUAUUUAUUUAUAUCUCUAGUCCAUAUUUUUACUCUAGCAUUUUAGCACAUGAGUUAGAAAGCACAAAUUUUAUCAAGCAAGGGCUGAACUUGGAGAUGUUAGGAUGACAAUCUUUUGGAAAAUCACUCCGGUGCUUUGUGAGAAUAUAGAAACUUUAUUGACCUCAAAGGUUCAAGUGUUUAUAUUUUGCUAAAUCCAAAGAUUUUUGCUUGAAGAUUUCCAAAUAUAUUUUUUUGGCUGUUUAGGUUAUGUGAGAAGAUCUUAAUUGAAUCCCAUAUAAUAAUUAUGGGGACUGACUUUCAACUUGUCCGUUUGGGUAUAUAAGGUGCUUCCACUUGCCUGUCAUUAAUUUUCUCAAUUUUUUUUCUGAUAUCUUAGGAGGGGAGCACUACUUUUCAUCUUGCGUUCUGUUUUAUUGUAGAAAAUCAUAUUAAAGUGUGUUACGAGCCAAAUGACACACCGCAAGCGUUUAAAUACGACAAACUGAGGUCGCUCGUCGAGUCAUUAUCACUGCUGCCAUUAAAUGGGUUUUCGUUAAGUUGAAUGGUUCCGUUAAAGUUCAAUGUUUAUAUUUGAUGUACUGUCAACAAUUCUCAACAAUACAUUUUUUAUGACUAA